AGAGAGAAAGAGAUAAGAAUAGAGGGUCUUUUUUUUAAAAAAAAAUGAACCUGCAGCUGGACUUUCUCCUGUCGCGGAAACCGGUGGAGACAUGAAGGUGUUUCGCUUUUUCUUGCGAAAAAAACCCAUCGAGACACGAUCUUAAGAAGAUACCAAGUGUUGCUGAAGCCAGUGUUCAGGUGUAAACCCGCACCCGGGACGUGAGGACAGGACAGUCAGCAUGGCAGGUUUCUUUUGUGAAGAACUGCAGGCUCCUUCGUUGUGUUAGGUAAAAGGAAGAGCAGACUUGCUGUGGUGAUGAUCCAAAGGAUGGAGCUGAUAAUGGGAGGAUAUUCCACAGACGUUUCGGAAUUCUUGGUGAAGGCAGAGAGCGAGAACUGAAUAGGUUGCAGUUUCACCUGGUAAAGAGAAACACGACUUACAAAAAUGUCCAAGAAAGGACGGGGCAAGGGCGAAAAGCCCGAGGCACUAAUAGAUGCGUUACAGGCUGCCAACGAGGAGCUCAGGGCUAAAUUGACCGACAUUCAAAUAGAGCUUCAGCAGGAGAAAGGCAAGGUGAAUAAGCUGGAACGGGAAAAGGUACAGGAAGUCAAGCAAGUGCGGGAGCUGGAGCAGCACAAGCAUACGGUGCUCAUCACAGAGCUUAAAGCCAAACUCCACGAGGAAAAAAUGAAAGAGCUGCAAGCCGUGCGUGAGAACUUGCUGAAACAACAUGAACAAGAACUGGCCCGAGCCAUGAAAAUCAAGGACUGCGAGAUCCAGCGGCUCCAGUCCACGGUAAACGUACUGAGGGACGGAGCGGCUGAUAAAAUCAAGACAGCCUUACUCAACGAAGCCAGGGAAGAGGCUCGGAGAGGGUUUGACGUUGAACGCACCAAGAUGCAGCAGGAAAUAAUGGAACUGAAAUCUGUGAAGAAGCAGUUCGAGGAGUCCCUGAGCAACAUUGUCCAGGCCGACAAGAAGAAAGCCGCUGACCUGAGGAGUGCGUAUCAGUCCCAUCAAGACGAGAUUAGCAGAAUAAAGAGAGAGUGUGAGAGAGAUAUUCGCAGGCUGAUGGACGAGAUCAAGAGCAAAGACCGAGUGAUUCUUGCCCUGGAGAAGGAGCUUGGUGUUCAAGCCGGCCACACGCAGAAGCUGCUGCUACAGAAGGAAGCCCUGGAUGAACAGCUGGUGCAGGUGAAAGAAGCUGAACGUCACCACAGUAGCCCCAAGCGGGAGUUUCCAAGUAGCAGCGCGGACACAUCGGACCUGACAGGGAGCCAAAUUAAACCAAUAAAGGAGGUGUAUUCCUUAAAGGGGAACUUUAGUGUCAGGGAAACGCAAAUGGAUGAAAGGGAUGUCCGUCGGUUCCAGUUGAAAAUUGCUGAACUGAACGGUGUGAUACGCAAGUUGGAAGACAGGAACACGCUAUUAGCGGAUGAAAGAAAUGAACUGGUGAAACGUGUGCGAGAGACGGAGAGCCAGCUGAAGCCUCUGGUGGAAAAGAACAAGCGCCUAAAUAAGAAGAAUGAUGAUGUGAUGCAGUCUAUACAGAGGAUGGAACAAAAAAUAAAGAAUCUCACAAGAGAGCAUGCGGAAAUGAAGGAAAAAUUAGCUUCACAAAGCCAUUUGAGAAGACACACAUCCCUGAAUGAUCUGAGCCAAACGCAAGAUGAGCAAGAAAUUGAGUUUUUGAGACUACAGGUUGUUGAACAACAGCAUAUCAUUGAUGAUUUAACAAUGGAGCGAGAGAGAAUGUUGCGCUCUAAAAAGCACAGAAGGAGAAGCACAAAGCCCCAUAAGAGGCAUGUUGUGGAGACAUUUUUUGGAUUUGACGAGGAAUCGGUCGAUUCAGAAACUUCCUCAGUGACCUCGUACACAACGGAGAGGACUGACAGGACACCGGCAACUCCAGAAGAAGACCUCGAUGAUACCGUAACUAGGGAAGAAUCGGAGCUGAGAUUUCGACAGCUUACCAGAGAGUACCAAGCCCUGCAGAGAGCAUAUGCCUUGCUUCAGGAGCAAGUUGGGGGAACAUUGGAUGUGGAGCGGGAAACCAGGACUCGUGAACAGCUCCAAGCCGACCUCAUCCGAUGCCAAGCAAAAAUCGAGGACCUGGAGAAGUCACUUGCUGAGAAGGGCCAGGACUCAAAAUGGGUGGAAGAAAAACAGUUACUUUUUAAAAACAACCAGGAACUGGCAGAGAAGAUUCACAAGCUGGAAAACGAAGAAUGUAAGAUGCAGAGAGAGAUGCAAGAUGCGAAGGACCAGAAUGAGCUGUUAGAGUUCAGAAUCUUAGAGCUGGAAGAGCGAGAGCGAAGAUCCCCUGCUUAUAACCUCCAUAUAUCUGCAUUCUCUGAGAGUGGAAGUGCUCUGCAGCUCUACUGCCAACAAGAGGGUAUUAAGGAUGUGGUUAUCCCCGACCUAAUGAAGAAGCUUGACAUCCUGGGAGAUAAUGGGAAUCUCAGAAACGAAGAGCAGGUUGCAGUAAUUCAAGCUCGCACUGUGCUUUCGCUCUGUGAGAAGUGGCUGAACCAAAUUGAAGGCACAGAGGCUGCGCUCCAUCAGAAGAUGCUGGACCUGGAGAAUGAAAAGGAGCUGUUCAGCAAACAGAAGGGCUACUUGGAAGAAGAAUUGGAUUACAGGAAACAGGCUCUGGACCAUGCCUACACGCAAAUCCAGGAGUUGGAAGCCACGCUGUACAAUACAUUGCAGCAGUGCCCUGGAAGCCGAGUGAGCGAAUCUCUGAGCGACAAGCAGAAGGAAGAGCUGAAGCUGGCUGUGGAGAAGUGGAGGAGGCAGGUGCUGAGGCAGAGCCGGGAGUAUGACGGUCAGAUCUUACAGGAGCGUCAGGAACUGCUGCAACAUGCAAAUCAGAGAAUUCGAGAGCUAGAAGACAAAAUAGAAUUUCAGAAAAGACAAAUCAAAGAGAUAGAAGAAAAGCCUUUAUUCUCUGGCCCUGAGAGACCAUCUCCUGAGACGCAGGCUGCAAGAGAGAUAACUAAAGAUAAAGCUGAGCUGACAGAGCAAAUUUCAAAGUGUACAAAGCAAAAUGAUUACAUUGAGGAGGAGGCAUUGACUAAAUUCAUAGCUUCCGCUAAAGACAAAAAUGAACACGAGCAGAAAAUAUACAUACUCACACAUCUGAAUUCAAGCUGGAGGAUGCCAGUCACAUUUUUCCAAAGCAUCUACUCACUGACGUGGAGGAUGAUUCCAAUAUACAAUUGACUUCAACCAAUAAAUUA